UUUGUCAGCUGGACUUCCAUUGUCUACAGACCAGUCAUCUAAAAGAGGAACUGAGGAAGCACGGAAAACAUAUCAUCUUAAAAUAACUCGAAGCCUGGUCGAUGGGACAAUGGGUUUACAUGAAGGCCCACGAUGUGGUGUGGCUGUUACCAAGAGCGUCAAAGUUACUCCACAUCAAUACAAGUUUGAAAAAUACAGCAUCACCUACAGUGUAAAGGAAUAUACAACUGACUUACCACGGAGAGUUGUGGAUGAAGUUCUGAAGCGGGCUUUUGAAGUUUGGAGUAACGUCACUGCAUUGUCAUUUACAAAAACAACAGCUGCAGCAGACAUUGAAAUUACCUUUGGUUCUGGAGAUCACGGUGAUGCUUUUCCAUUUGAUGGACAUGGUCAUAUUCUGGCUCAUGCCUUCCCUCCUGGACCAGGCCUUGGAGGAGAUGCUCAUUUUGAUGAGGAUGAAACUUGGGUAACAGGAAGUAACGGAACCAACUUGUUCAUUGUUGCUGCCCAUGAAAUUGGACACUCUCUGGGGCUCAAUCAUUCUGAGGAUAAAAAUGCUUUGAUGUAUCCCAAGUAUAAGUAUGUGGACAUACGCGGGUAUACGCUUCCAAGUGAUGAUGUGAAAAAAAUCCAGUCAUUAUACGGACCACCAGUUAUGAGCACACAAAUGCUUGGCCAGACACCAACUCAGAAACAAACACCAGGCCAGACUUUAACAAAAGAAGCAUUGGUGUGUGACCCAGAUGUGUUCAUGGAUGCUGCUGUUAAAAUAAACAGAACUGUUUUAUUCUUCAAGAAUGGGUUCUACAAGACUGCAGGGUCUUCAAAGAUAAUCCCAGUGGACAGCACUUGGCCAAGUAUCCCAUCAAACAUUGAUGCUGCUGUUGAGUACAGCAGGGAUCCCCACAGGAGAAACAAUGUUGUUUUUUUCACAGGACAUCGAUACUGGCAUUUCACUGGGAAACUUCUAAAACCUGGGUUCCCAAAGAACAUCUCUGAACUUGGUUUUCCAGAUAGUGUUAAGCAAAUAGAUGCUGCAUUGAGAGUUAACUUGGACCGGAUAAUAUUCUUUGUGGGAGAUCAGUACUGGAGUUAUAAUUUAGAAAAAAACCAAAUGAACAGCAGAAGCCCAAGAUUAAUAACCGACACGUUUUCAAACAUUUCAAAAGUGGAUGCAGCUGUUGAGCAUUUUGGGACUUAUUAUCUCACAAGUGGACCUCUUAUAUAUGAAUAUCGGGGGAUGCAAGUCAUAAAUAUUUUAAAACGAGACGGGUGGAUGAAUUGUAACUAAAUGACCGUGUUUUGCUAUAGCAUUGUUGUUCUGCAACUCACACAGAAUAUUGCUUCUAGCGGAUGGAUUUGUUACCCUAAGUGUACAAUGAAAUCAGUUGUUCAACAAAGCUUAAUCAUUA